AUGUGCGAGAGUCAGUCCAGCGUGGAAGAACUGAUCUGUCUGGAAGACUUGGAUGGCGAACUUAGGCGGUCCACUUCGAAAACAGUCUUGACUGAACAGCAAAAAUAUGCUGAUGAAAAUCUAUUUUUAAGAUAUUUGGAACUAGACCCAACGGAUGGACCUGACGCAAAUUCGGCAGCUACACAGAGAAAAGCGACGGGAAAUCGAAACGGCAGGACGCCGUUCACGUGUACUAAGAGGUUGACGCGGCCGCCCAAGUCAGGAUUCGGGUUUUCGGUGGUAUGGACGCAUCCUCCGAGAAUCGAGAGGGUGGAAAAAGGUCUUCCUGCAGACAGAGCAGGAAUCUUACCAGGCGAUUAUAUCAUUUUCGUGGAUAAACACAACGUUGUUAUGAUGCCGGAAAUAGAUAUUUUAAAUCUAAUCAGGUCGUACGGAAGUCAAUUAACUUUAGAAAUAUUUCGACGUAACCCAUCACGAAAUGGUUCAGUACCAAGUGUCAAAAGACUGUCAACGCCAUUAGCAUCAUCCUUGACCAUGGGUAGUACUUCCGUUCUUCCUAUCACCUCCUGUUCGAAUCUGGUGCAGAGAAGGCCGUCGACAGUGUGUUCCACCAACACGGCUUCCGGUGAAUAUAACAGGCGAAAGCUACACCUUCCUCAGGUCACGUUUAGUGCAGAGGUUGGUAGUGGAGUUAUUGUAUAA